CAUUGAACGAACCUCCUCUACCCAAUGGAGUCUUGCGCCGGGUGAUGGUGUUGGAGACCCUCGAACGGUCAUUCCGGGGAAUGUUAGCGAGACCAAGUGCACUGCACUGCACUGCACUGCAGCUCGCAUAAAAGGCCCCACUACCACAUCCAGUCGCGCACUCGACAAGGUUCGGAGAGAUAAAACUUAACAUACCGUGAUACGAAUGGCAGACCAAGGCGGGACUCGGACGAGGAUCGAAGAAUCCAUCGAGGCUCAGUUGCGGUUGGCGUGUGAAGAAUGCCACGCGCGCAAGAUCCGUUGCGAACUGUCCGCAGCCACCAGCGGAGGUCGCUGCAAAGCAUGCGUGCUCAACCAACGACAAUGCCUCUUUUCGCUUCGGAGUAGGACAGGGCGGCCGCGAAAGCAGCCUCUUUCUAUCCCGUUCAAGUUCCACAAACCGUCGGCUUCAAUACAGCACCACCGUCCGCCGGCGGAAACUCCUCCAACUAACCACCCGCAAACCUCCCUGGCGCAGACGGGUCCAGCGCAACAAAUAGGCAAGCUUUAUCAACAGCGCACCACUGGCAGACCCCUGCAGGACGGUCAAGCGCACAUGUGGAGCCCCGACGACGCUGGAUGGAAUAAUGGAUCUACAUGGCAAGCACAGCAGCCAGGCCCUGGGCAGACAUCACCUCCAGCAUCCUUUGAUCACUUUCUAGCACCUGAUCUCCGUGGCUGGAAUACUGUCGGCCAGUUGAUCAUGCACGGGCCGGGUAUCGGUUCUCUGCCGGACCCCUGUCUCCCGGAUAUGGGACCAGUAGGCGAUCCCUUGCAGACCGACCCGAUCGUCCUCCUGGGGAGUCCGGGGGUCCUGAAUGAGAGCAACGGAGAGGACCCCAGCGGACCCGGAGAAAAAGGGUUCCUGGAUGCGUUGAAACUGUCCAGCGGACUGCACAACAACUGCAAGUCCACGACGCUCGAUCUCCUCACCGAGGCCGGCCGGUACAAGGUGCGAGUGAUAUGCAAACUCUUUGACGAGCUGAGUCAGGCGGCGUUUGCGCUCCAGGACGAUGCUUUGCAUGCGUCGCCGAUGGUGCGCUCCGACUUGUCCGAGGCCAAGAUCAUCGCGGUCUCACUCAGAGAGGCAAUCCAGGUGUGCAUCGAUAUCAUCCAGCACAAUUUCCAAAUACACCAAUCCACUGCUACAGCUCCGGGAGAUCGCGGCUCGCGCAAUAUCUCGCAGCAGCAGCAGCUUCGCCCUGCCAGGCCUGACUCACGGAAUGAUCAAGUGGCUGGAUCAUGCAUCUGCCUCGCCGGCGCCGACGAGAAACAAUUAGGCGUUCAACAGAACGGCCUCGAGCUUCUCAUCUGUUUGGAAUUUUCUCUGAUUCGGUUCCGCCAUAUCCUGUCCAAGGUCGAGUCCCUGGAUGGUGCCCCCCCACAAGUGAAUUGCGAUUGUUGGAUCAGUUCUGUCCCCAAACUGGACACUGCACGCUCGCAGGUCUCUGCACUACUGAAGCAUUUUCGCAACUUUCGAGACUGA